AUGAUGGGCUCCGUGCUGCCCGCGGAAGCCCUGGUGCUCAAGGGCGGGCUGAAGGCGCCCAGCCUCUCCCUGGCCGAGGUCAUCACGUCGGACAUCCUGCACAGCUUCCUCUACGGCCGCUGGCGGAACGUGCUGGGCGAGCAGCUCUUCGAGGAGAAGGCCGGCGCCGCCGGGGCAGCGGCAGGGGCGGGAGGCGGCCACGGCCACGGCCACGGCCACCCCAAAACGGCCUUCACGGCGGAGGUGCUGGCGCAGUCCUUCUCCGGAGAGGUUCAGAAGUUAUCCAGUUUGGUGCUGCCUUCAGAAGUCAUCAUAGCGCAGAGUUCUAUUCCCGGGGAAGGGCUGGGCAUCUUUUCGAAAACCUGGAUCAAAGCUGGCACCGAAAUGGGACCCUUCACUGGACGCAUCAUUUCACCGGAGCACGUCGAUCUUUGCAAAAACAACAAUCUCAUGUGGGAGGUCUUCAAUGAAGAUGGGACGGUCCGUUACUUCAUCGAUGCCAGCCAAGAGGACCAUCGCAGUUGGAUGACGUACAUCAAGUGUGCGAGGAAUGAGCAAGAGCAGAACCUGGAGGUGGUCCAGAUUGGCAACAGCAUCUUCUACAAGGCCAUUGAGAUGAUCCCUCCAGAUCAAGAGUUGCUGGUUUGGUACGGAAAUUCCCAUAAUACCUUUCUGGGCAUCCCCGGCGUGCUGGGCUUAGAAGAAGAACAGAAGAAGAGCAAACACGAGGACUUCCACGUGGCCGAGGCGGGCGCCAGCUCCACCGGGCGCAUGCGCUGCGUCAUCUGCCACCGUGGCUUCAACUCCCGCAGCAACCUGCGUUCGCACAUGCGCAUCCACACCCUGGACAAGCCCUUCGUCUGCCGCUUCUGCAACCGGCGCUUCAGCCAGUCUUCCACCCUGCGCAACCACGUGCGGCUGCACACCGGCGAGCGCCCGUACAAGUGCCAGGUCUGCCAGAGCGCCUACUCCCAGCUGGCGGGCCUCCGGGCCCAUCAGAAGAGUGCCCGGCAUCGCCCCCCCAAUGGCUCCUUGCAGUCGCACUCGCCCGCCCUGCCCGUGACGCACCCCAAUUCCCUGGCGCACCACAUCCCCACCAUGGUGCUGUGAGGGCGCCCGCUGCCGGCGCU